UUCAACUUCGCCAUACUGCCCAACCAGCGUCUCGCGUCGAGCAGCCUCCCGAGGCUGAGCCGCCGCUGCGCAUAUCGCCAACAUGACUGACAUCAAAGAAGAGGGUGGCAAGCGCAAAGCUGAGGACGAACUCUCGUCUCCCGCCGCAUCUAAGCGAGUCAAGCAAGAUGAAGACAGCGUUGAGGAAGAAGCAGAAGAGAAGCCCGCCGAAUUGAAGCUGAUCCCGUUUCCUGAAAAGCCCGCCGUCCUCGAGGAGCGCAAUGGCGAAAUAGAGUUUCGCGUCGUCAACAAUGACAACGAGCGCGAGUCGCUCAUCAUCCUCACAGGCCUCAAGUGCAUCUUCCAGAAGCAGCUCCCCAAAAUGCCCAAAGACUACAUCGCGCGACUCGUCUACGAUCGAACCCAUUUGUCCAUCGCCAUCGUCAAGAAGCCCCUCGAAGUCGUGGGCGGCAUCACCUAUCGACCCUUCAAAGGCCGCCAGUUUGCCGAAAUCGUCUUUUGCGCCAUCAGCUCCGACCAACAAGUCAAGGGAUACGGUGCGCAUCUCAUGUCCCACUUGAAAGACUACGUCAAGGCCACAAGCGACGUCAUGCACUUCUUAACGUAUGCCGACAACUAUGCGAUUGGUUAUUUCAAGAAACAAGGCUUCACCAAGGAAAUUACUCUCCCCAAACACGUUUGGAUGGGAUAUAUCAAAGAUUACGAGGGUGGAACUAUCAUGCAGUGCUCCAUGCUGCCGCGCAUUCGAUAUCUGGAAAUGGGCCGCAUGCUCCUUAAGCAGAAGGAAUGCGUCCAGGCCAAGAUUCGAGCCUACUCCAAGUCGCACAACAUCCACCCGCCACCAAAAGAGUGGAAGAAUGGCAUCCGUGAGAUCAAUCCUCUUGAUAUCCCUGCCAUCCGGGCGUCUGGAUGGUCUCCUGAUAUGGACGAGCUUGCUCGCCAGCCACGUCACGGACCGAACUACAACCAGCUUCUUCACUUGCUCAAUGACCUCCAAAACCAUAAUUCUGCAUGGCCGUUCCUUGUCCCGGUUAAUAGAGAUGAUGUGGCGGACUACUACGACGUGAUUAAGGAGCCCAUGGAUCUUAGCACCAUGGAGAGCAAGCUCGAGGCAGACCAAUAUGCCACCCCAGAGGACUUCAUCAAGGACGCCAAGCUCAUCUUCGACAACUGCCGCAAAUACAACAACGAGAGCACGCCCUACGCCAAGUCCGCCAACAAACUCGAACGAUUUAUGUGGCAGCAGAUCAAGGCCGUGCCUGAAUGGUCGCAUCUCGAACCGGAGAAAUAGAACUUCCCAAAAGAUACUAAAAAGGGCAUGCAGCGAGCCUCUACGUCUACACUUUAGCCAGGGUAUACAUACAUUCUAGCCCUCGGCUGCUAUUCAUCAUAUUUUACGAGUAAUGCGCAUUCGGAAGGGAGUUGUUGGAAAAUCGGCGUUUUCAAAAGAUUGUGAAAUUGACCAGUCUUGGCGGUGGCUUGACUUUUUUUUUUUUGGUGUUCUUCUUGAGCUUUAAAGAGCAAUGGCGUUUGGUGUAGCAGAAGAGUCAAAUAUCAACUCCAACUUG